AUGCUCGCCGGCAUGGGCGUCGCCGCAGGGCCGAAGUUGGCUGCCGCCGUCACCAACGCGGGCGGCAUCGGCGUCAUUGGCGGUCACGGGUACAGUCCCGACGGGUUGCGUGAGCAGAUCCAGGAGCUCAAGUCGUACUUGACGGACAAGGACGCGCCGUUUGGCGUCGACAUCCUGCUCCCCCAGGUGGGAGGCAACGCACGCAAGACAAAUUAUGACUACACCAAAGGCAAACUGAUGGAACUCAUCGACGUGGUCGUCGAGUCCAAAGCCCGCGUCUUCGUCUCCGCCAUCGGAGUUCCCCCCAGACAGGCCGUCGAGCGCCUCCACGCCGGCGGCGUCCUGUACAUGAACAUGAUCGGACACCCCAAGCACGUCCAAAAGUGCCUGGACCUGGACGUGGACAUCCUCUGCGCCCAAGGCGGCGAGGCCGGUGGCCAUACGGGCGACAUCCCCUUCUCCGUGCUCAUCCCCGCCGUGGCCAAGUUGCUCAAGGGCCAAAAGUCCGCUUUUACAGGUGUCGACGUCCAGCUCGUGGCGGCCGGUGGUGUCUCUGGUGGUGAGAGCUUGGCUGCCGCGCUGAUGCUGGGCGCUUCGGGCGUCUGGGUCGGCACGAGGUUCAUCGUGGCCAAUGAAGCCGGUGCCUCCAAAGCUCACCAGGAAGCCGUUUUGAGCGCCGGUGUCGACGACACUGUCAGAAGUGUUAUAUUCUCAGGCCGACCCCUCCGGAUACGCAAGACCAAAUACAUCCUCAACUGGGAAGAGAACCGACAGGAGGAGAUCAAGGCGCUGACGGGCCAGGGCAUCCUCCCCGUGCUGCACGACUCGGAGCAACACCCGGACGACGACGAGAUCCUCGACAACCUCCAUCCGUACCUGAUGGGCGUCGUGGCCGGGUUGGUCAACCACCGCAGCAGCGCCAAGGAGAUCCUCGACGAGAUCGUCGAUGGCGCGGCCGAGAAGCUCCGUCAGGGCAGCGUCAUGCUCGUCAAUGAGCCGAAGCUGUGA